GGACUGCACUCCUCUCCUCCUUACCCUGCCAACAAGACUUCAAACGAGACUGAAUACCGUUCCAGAUGGACAAUCAAAAUGGCACUGCUCUGGAUAAGGACAGCAAGAACAAGGUGACUCCCACACGAACUAAGAUAUAUGACUGGCGUAUCCUCUAUCCGCUGAACAUGAUCAAUCACAUUUUCAAGUUAUUCUAUAUGACUGUGCAGCUACUUAUCGUAUCAAUUUUUAAGCCUAGAGCUCCGAAAACGGAUGGACCGCUCAAGCGACCCUACGGUCGGAUCGCUGUCAUCGGUGCCGGGCUAACAGGCAUUUCGACAGCUGCUCAUGCUAUCUCUCAUAAUUUUGAAGUUGAGAUCUUCGAAAAGAACGAUGCCGUGGGAGGUAUCUGGGCACACGUGAAUCGAACGAGCGGUUUGCAGCUCAAUAGUCUUUUGUAUCGCUUCCACCCGGGAGUCCUCUGGACGUCUACAUUCCCCAAACGGGAUGAGAUUCUGAAUGAGUGCCGAAGACUUUGGCGGGAAUAUAAGCUCGAGAGUCGCACUAGGCUGAAUACGACAGUGACUUCAGUGACACGGGCCGAUAGCUCUACCGACCCAGCGGAGGGCGGACAUGGACGAUGGAUGGUGAAUGGAGAAGGACCGUUCGAUGCGGUUGUGGUCACCAUCGGCACCUGCGGUGACAAGAAGGAUGCAUCGCUCAAAGGGCUGGAGGAUUACAACGGACUUGUUGUCCAUUCCAGUGAACUUGACGACGUGGAUCUGAAAGACAAGAGAGUGGUUGUUGUCGGAAGCGGCGCGAGUGGUGUCGAAGCUGUUCAAUUAGCUUGUGAGAAGAAGUCUGGCCCAGUGACGAUCAUUGCUCGGCACGACAAAUGGAUCAUCCCAAGGAACAUAUUCUUCGAUACUGCGCUUUCACUCCAGCCUUUCGGCCGCGAAAUUCCACUAAGCUGGAUACCCGAGGAUAUCCUUCGAAUCUUCCAUUACGGCAGAGAAAGCUGGGUUUCUCCCGCUCAGCUGGGCUUGUUCGAAGGGACACCAAUCGUGAAUGACGAGUUUCUUACAGAGAUCCACGAGAACAAAUGCAAGUAUGUACGCGGGGACGUGCUGAAAGCUACGUCGACGGGCGUGAAAGUCAAUGUGCGUGGCCGAUCCUCAUCCCCGAAUGACGCCGGAUCGGAAGAGCACUUCGACGCGGAUGUCAUCGUAAUGGCAACCGGAUUUAAGAGACCAUCCGUCGAUUUCCUACCUGCAGAACUGUUUCCAGAAAGAUACCAUCGACCGAACCUCUAUCUGCAGAACUUCUCCGUCGAGGACUGGUCCAUCUUGCUCACGAAUACCGCCUAUAUCAAUGCUAUCGGAACCGUUGGUCAUUUUCAUAUUGGCAUAUAUCUCCGGGUUCUGCUUUGUCUCCUGCUCGACCCUGCUGCCCGACCAUUUCCGGAGGAUAUGAAACUAUGGGUAGACCUGCUCAGGUGGCUGAAGCGCGACUCAGCUGGAGGAGCGCUAUCCUUCUUCACGUACAUGGAACUCACGUUGUGGUUGAUCAGUUUCCAUUUCUUCCGACCCGAGAGGCUGAAUUGGUAA